AUGGCGAACAACGCUUUCCAGGGCCCCAACCCAGGCCUGGCUCAGAACCCGAAUCAAGGUCUUCCCGCGAACCAGAACCAAGGCAUUGCUGCGAACCAGAACCAAGGACUUGCCGCAAAUCCAAACCCAGGCCCUGCCCCCAACGCGCCUCCAGCCUUUGUGAUGCGACCCAAAGGCCCCCAGUUGCAGGACAUGGCCGACCCAGCGUUCCUGCAAAACCCGCCCGCCCAGCGCCCGCCUCUCGGCCCACUCGAUUGGGCAUUCCACUCAGUCAACAACCCGCAGCUCAGAGUUCUGCUUGCCUAUGAGAACCCGCAGAACCUGAAUAUGCAGGUUUGGAUCGAUCCGAUCAACAUUGGAAGCACCAUCGAGCACUGCGACCCCUGCUUCCAGGGCCCGCAGGGCCAGAUCCACAAGUGGAAGGGACCACACACCAUUGCAUACCUCCCACAUGGUGCCAAGCUUGUUCGAGGCUUUGGCUGGACUCUGACUCCUCAAGGAGAACUCAUCAAUCUGAGCGUCCUUUACCUGCCGAUCAACAUCACCUUCGGCAAGACUGUCGUCACGGUCGGAGAAGUCCUACAGCACCUGAUGAACAAGGUCAAGGACAGCUUCCCCCACGGCCCGGCUCUGAUUGCUGGUGGCAAUCUAACCCCAGUUCAGCUGAGCAAGACCAUGUUAGCAGCCACUAGUCAGUACCAUGGCACCGUCAAGCACUUGAUUCACUUGUGCGACUGGAUUGGCGGCGUCCCUCUUCAACAGACCUACUAUUGA